AUGAUCUAUACGAUUGAAAAUGUUUACAUUCAACCUGUAAAUCAUAACAUAUUAUUCAAUACACUAACGCCACAACCAUCUGUGAUUUAUUUAUCGACACCUGUCACAUCCUAUACGUAUUCACCGCCAAUCCAAACGCAGUACAUCUAUCCGAUUCAUGCAGUAAGUCAACAAACGUCUGAAGUGAAGAAAGUUUCUCAAGAGUGUAUACAAAAAGAACGAGCUAAAACUCCGGUUAAACGGCCUCCAACACCGUUGUCAGCUGACGAACAAUUAAAUUUAAAUCUUUCACGUUAUGGUUAUCGACGACAAUUAGUCAAUGGAGACGGAAAUUGUUUUUUUACUGCUGUUGCUAGUCAAUUAAUAACAUUCUACAAUCAAGAUCGAUACUUCCGUACGGCUAUUAAACAACGUUUAAAUCUUCCGGAGAAUUUGUUCACAAAUACGACACAAUUAGCUCGAACAUUACGAAAAUUAGCUUGUUUAGAAUGGAAAAUAAAUGACACCAAGUAUAAACCAUAUGUAAAUGAUGUGAAUUAUUACGAUGAAAUACGAAAAUUUCGUUCGGAUAAGUUUUAUUCAUCGAUUUUAGGUGAUAUUUUGCCAUUGACAAUGAGUAAUUUGCUUGGAAUUCCCAUUAAAAUCAUUACUAAUCUUAGUCAAUGUCCAUUGAUUGAUGUUUGUCCACAAGAUGAACCGUUAUUAUCCAUGAAAUCGAUACCGAUAUUGACAUUAGCGUAUAAUCAAGAAAAUGAUGGACACUACGAUAUUGCGAUAGGCAAAAGAGACAAAGAAUUUUGA